GCCAUGUGCGCCAACCUUGUCCUAAGCGCUGCUACCCUCAGGUGGUCGAUUUGUCAGUGAACUAGAUGAUCAGAUGAUACAUGAAUAUUUGAAGAGGUUGUAGAAAUUAUCCCUUGAAGGACUUCAGUUUCACCAAGAGAAAUAUGACUCAAGAAAGUGAUCAUGGAAAAUGGACUAUAUCCAGUAGUGAUGAAAGUGCUGAUGAAAAGGUUGACACUGAGAAGCCAUCUACUUCUGAAGUCCAUUCUGAAGAAGAAAAAACAGCUGGGCUCCAGUACACAUGUUCUGAAGCUAGGAAAAUUGCUCAUAGAAGGAAGAUAUCACCUGUAAAAUUUGAUGAUAAAAGUGUGUCUGCUAAAAUCUCCGUAGCAAAAAGACAGAAAAGUUCCCAGGAAGAUUUAGGCUGGUGCCUUUCAAGUAGCGAUGAUGAGGCUCAACCAGAACAUAAGCCAAAGUGCACUGAGAAAGUGAUCCCCAAGGAAGAAAAGUGUUCUCCACAAGAGCCAUCUUCUCAUAGAGCCAAACAUGACCAAUCACCCAUCAGUCAAGAUUUGAAAGAGGAAUAUGAAAGUUCAGAUGAAACCCAAGACAUCUGGGACCUUAUGGGGAAAGGAAACCCCUUCAGAUUUUACCUCACUAAAGUCAAAGGAAUUAUGCCAAAAUACAACUCUGGCGCACUUCAUAUUAGAGACAUUUUAUCUCCUCUUUUGGGAACACUUGUGUCUUCUGCUCAGUUUAACUACUGCUUUGAUGUGGAUUGGCUUAUAAAACAGUAUCCUCCAGAGUUCAGGAAUAAACCCUUAUUACUGGUGCAUGGAGACAAGCGAGAAGCGAAGGCCCAAUUACAUGAACAGGCAAAGCCUUAUGAAAACAUUUGCCUGUGCCAGGCCAAAUUGGAUAUUGCAUUUGGAACACACCAUACGAAAAUGAUGCUGCUGUUAUAUGAAGAAGGCAUGCGAGUUGUCAUACACACAUCCAAUCUUAUUCAUGCCGAUUGGCACCAGAAAACUCAGGGAAUAUGGCUGAGCCCCUUAUAUCCUCGACUGGUGCGGGAAACCCAUAGUUCUGGUGACUCAGUAACACAUUUUAAGACUGAUCUGAUAAAUUACUUGAUGGCUUACAAUUCACCCUCCCUCAAAGAAUGGAUAGAUAUCAUCAAAGAACAUGACCUCUCUGAAACCAGAGUCUAUCUUAUUGGAUCAACCCCUGGACGAUUUCAAGGACAAAAAAAGGAAGACUGGGGCCACUUUAGGCUUAGAAAGCUUCUGGAAGAACAUUCUUCAUCAAUACCUGAAGAAGAAUCUUGGCCAAUAGUGGGUCAGUUUUCAAGUAUUGGCUCAAUGGGAGCUGAUGAAUCUAAAUGGCUGUGUUCUGAGUUUAAAGAUAGCCUGGUGAUGCUAGGAAAAAGUGGAAAAUCUCAAGGAGGACAUGUUCCAAUUCAUUUGAUUUAUCCUACUGUGGAUAAUGUGCGGAAAAGCUUGGAAGGCUACCCUGCUGGGGGCUCUCUUCCAUACAGUAUCCAAACUGCUCAGAAACAACUUUGGCUGCAUUCAUAUUUUCAUAAAUGGUCAGCAGAAAUAUCAGGACGCAGCCACGCCAUGCCUCACAUUAAGACGUACAUGAGAUUAUCUCCAGACUUCCAACAAAUUGCUUGGUUCUUAGUAACAAGCGCUAAUCUGUCUAAGGCUGCGUGGGGAGCUUUGGAGAAAAAUGGCUCUCAGCUGAUGAUCCGUUCCUAUGAACUUGGAGUUCUUUUCCUGCCUUCUACAUUUGGUUUGGAUACAUUCACAGUAAAGGAAAAAUUAUUUUCAAGAAGUCAUGAACCAGCAGCCUCAUUUCCUGUACCUUAUGAUUUACCACCAGAACUUUAUGGGAGUAAAGAUCGUCCAUGGAUUUGGAAUAUUCCCUAUACCAAGGCUCCAGAUACUCAUGGAAAUAUGUGGGUUCCAUCUUGAGCCCUAAGCAUAAUUUGAAACUUAGAUGUCUGACCCAAGCCAAUACCCUUCCCUGGACAUUUGAUUCUUUUUUGUUUUAGGAUGUAAACUGCAACUUGGGUUUCAUUUUGCUUAAAAAUAGUUCCACAUUCACAAAAAGUUUAGAGUCAACUCUUGGGAAAUAGAGCCAUAUGAUCAGUUUUCUGGCCUUUGGGACCAUAUGAUUGAUAUGUUUUCUGGAAAAAAUGUAUUUUUAAAAAAAUCACAUUUUGUAUACUUUGCAUAUUGGGGUUGGUAAAGUUGAAAAUAUAGAAAAUAUUAGAAAAAUAUCCUGAUCAUGAUCCAGAUUCACACUGAUCUGAAUUAAAGCUAGUUUUUGGUUUUGUAUCUGUUUUUUCCUCUGUAUUUUGAAAGGUGCUAUUUGUGUAACUGGAACUUAAAGAACAAAUAAUAAAGUAGUGUAAUUCAGAAGCCA